GUGACACGUAUCUUGUGAUUUUUUGUAUCGAGUUUGGGGGGGAAUCCCCGGAGUGCGCAUGUCGAACUUAGUGCUACAAUUCCUGAGAGAUAGGGCGGCGAUUUCCCCCGGUGGCGGUAAAGGUUACUUUUACCCACUGUCCAGCUCCUGGGAAACCCUCCUGCAUAGAGAGAGUUUCCGUUCUAUCCCGGUGGCCUAAAUCCUCGCUCCAGGGCUGAGCGGCGCCGCUGCUGUUGCUUCCUCUCGGCUCCCGCUCUCCUUCCCCACCCAUGGAUAACAAGCCCCUCUUGCAGGAGAGGCCACCCGCGUACGCUGCAGUGCCGGAGGGGGGCUACGACUACGGCCAGACCUACGGGACCAUCCCACCGCCUGGAUACCAGCCCCCCCCAUACUCUUACCCGGCCUCAGGCUAUGUACCUCCAGCUCCUGCAGGUAUCCAGCCCCCUGUGUGUCCAGGAUCGAACUACUCAAACACUUACACCAUUAUCCAGCAGCCAGCUGCAGCUUCAGUUGUAGUGGUCGGUGGCUGUCCAGCUUGCAGAGUUGGUGUUCUGGAAGAUGACUUCACUUGCUUAGGUGUGCUGUGUGCAAUAUUAUUCUUUCCAAUUGGGAUCCUAUUUUGUUUGGCACUGCGACAGCGGAGAUGCCCAAACUGUGGAGCUAGCUUCGGCUAACUGGAUCAAAAUGACCAGCCUACCUGUGGCCAAAUUUAAAUAAUUUUUUUUACUGUAAAUUCUCUGCCAUUGUGUAUAAACUACAGAUGACUUGCCUUCAUUCUGUGAUUUAGAUUGAUAGAAUUUGAAAUGUGAUCCUUAAAAAGCAUGACAAUUGAAUGCCUGUAAGUGACUAUAAUUUCUCCAUUAUGAAUAGUUAAAAUGUACAGGCAAAAAUUGAUUAUUCAUUUUACUGUUUCCUUAAACUGCACUUGAAAAUGCUACAAUUAAAUCUGCAUCCUUGUAUUACUAUUUUUAACUAGCUACUUUUCUAAAGACUUGGUGUCUGAUUGCUAAGCAGAAGUGUCUAUAAUGGUUCAGGAAUGCCUUUGGCAACUUGGAUAAGACCUGAUAGUUGAAGUGUCAUUUGUUUGCACACUUCUAUCAACGUGCAGUGUCUGGCAUGAAUGCAAGCUCUUCAGUCCAUUUUGGAAGAACAACUAUCAUUAGUCCCAAUACCUGCCCUGGUCUUGCUCAAUUUCCUUCAGUUUUUGAGGAUAUAUACAUUUCUCUUUUUGAAAUUUUACAGUUGACUGUAUUGACUGACUGAAAUGUGGAAGAACAUUCUGGAGCUAUACUCACUGUUAAAUUCUCAGCAGUCUUACCUAGUUUUGCCACUUAAAGUCCUUGUUUUACAGACCCUCAUGCCGUAGGCAACAGUUUCUUCUUGAGGCUUUAAUCAAGUGUUUUUAAAAUCACAAAUGUGAUGUUGAGAUUUAAUCCCAGUGAGCCUGUACACCUUUCCAAACCUACAGUCUUUCUAUCAUCCAAAUGGGACAAUCUAAUAAAUAAAUUGAAUAUAUUUUAUUUUGCAGGCUAUUGUAUGCCAGACUUAGAGGUGGGAAACGGUUUUCCUGGUUAACUCUACAUUAUCAGUACUACUUCACCACAUGAUGUCCCUGCAAUCACUUGGUGCUCUAUUCUUUUGCCUCCAGGUGUUUUUUGUAACCUAAGCAGUGUUUUUCAGAACUUGCUAUGCUGCUCAGUGUCUUGAAUGAAUUAAGAUUUUUCCUUGGCUUAUUUUGUAUGCAAGAAAUUGAUUUUUUGCUUUUGUACAGAUUAUGUUGGGUCAUCUGGGAUUUGGUCUGUACUUUGUACUUAUGCACAAGUAUGAUGGCCUUUAAGCAAAAGGAUCUUGGAGUAGAAAUCUAACCCAAGGGUAUUUUGUAUUUGUCCCUCUUCAUGCCUGAAUCUGUACAACUUGUCUCUGGUUCAUAUCCACAAGACUUUCAAAACCACCUGUUAACAUCAAAAUGGAAUCAAACAAAUUGCAAAUAACUUUCAUGGCUGUGGAAAGAUGAGUUUUUUUUAGAAUUCCUAUGUUUUAUCAGACACUUAGGCCUGAGGAAAAUAUUUUUGUAGAUGUUUCCUCCCCCGACCUUCUAGCCAGUUUCUUAACAUGUAAUGUAGCCUGUUUUUAAUUGGGUUUGUGAAUUUAAAAGCAGGAGUGUUCCUCGCUUAUUUCAAUUUUCCAAAUGGCCUUUGUAGACUGGAUCUGUACUACCUUUGUGAAGGUUUGAUACUUUUUUGUUUUUAUAAAAAAAAAACCUGAGCUCCUA